CAGCAGGAGCCUGUCCUGAAUACUGGGAAAAACUUUCUGGCGAUGUUGAAGAUAAAUGUUAUCUCUUUGUAAGACCACUGCUUUCAUGGUUUGAUGGUGUGGUGGUCCCUUCUUGUUUACACAAAACUGGCGCCCCAGAGCUGGCGCCCCAGAACCUGCAAGGAGAUUUUCUCUGUCUACCGGCUUUGCAUUGGGUGUGGUUAGCAGCCCACAUUCUUGCCGGAACAAAAGUUUGGAGUCGGAUUUCUAACAACACUAGGAUUAAAUACACAAACUUCUACUGCCCAAACCCGGACAACUAUCAAGGAAGUAAGAAACUCAAUUACAGUUAUAUUUUAAUAUAUUUAUAUUUUAUAUAUGUAUAUAUAUAUAUGACUCAGAAAGCAUGCUGCGGAAGAUCAAGACAG